GCCAGCCCUGCCAGCCCCGCGAUGACUUGGGCUGCGCUGCUCGGCCUCCUGGCCGCUCUGUUGUUGCUGCUGCUACUGAGCCGCCGCCGCACGCGGCGACCCGGUGAGCCUCCGCUGGACCUGGGGAGCAUCCCCUGGUUGGGGUAUGCCUUGGACUUUGGAAAAGAUGCUGCCAGCUUCCUCACAAGGAUGAAGGAGAAGCACGGUGACAUAUUUACUAUACUGGUUGGGGGCAGGUAUGUCACCGUCCUCCUGGACCCACACUCCUACGACGCGGUGGUGUGGGAGUCUCGCACCAGGCUCGACUUCCAUGCCUAUGCCGUCUUCCUCAUGGAGAGGAUUUUUGAUGUGCAGCUUCCACAUUACAGCCCCAGUGAUGAAAAGGCCAGGAUGAAACCGACUCUCCUCCACAGAGAGCUCCAGGCACUCACGGAAGCCAUGUAUACAAACCUCCACACGGUGCUGUUGGGCGACGCUACGGAAGCGGGCAGUGGCUGGCAUGAAAUGGGUCUCCUUGACUUCUCCUACAGCUCCCUGCUCAGAGCCGGCUACCUGACUCUUUACGGAAUCGAGGCGCUGCCACGCACCCAUCAAAGCCAGGCCCAGGACCGCGUCCAUUCAGCUGAUGUCUUCCACACCUUCCGCCAGCUCGACCGGCUGCUCCCCAAACUGGCCCGCGGCUCCCUGUCAGUAGGGGACAAGGACCACAUGUGCAGUGUCAAAAGUCGCCUGUGGAAGCUGCUGUCCCCAGCCAGGCUGGCCACACGGGCCCACAGGAGCAAAUGGCUGGAGAGUUACCUGCUGCACUUGGAGGAGAUGGGUGUGUCAGAGGAGAUGCAGGCACGGGCCCUGGUGCUGCAGCUCUGGGCCACACAGGGGAAUAUGGGUCCCGCUGCUUUCUGGCUCCUGCUCUUCCUUCUCAAGAAUCCUGAAGCCCUGGCUGCUGUCCGCGGAGAGCUCGAGAGUAUCCUUUGGGAAGCAGAGCAGCCUGUCUCGCAGAUGACCACCCUCCCACAGAAGGUUCUAGAUGGCACGCCUGUGCUUGACAGCGUGCUGAGUGAGAGCCUCAGGCUUACAGCUGCCCCCUUCAUCACGCGCGAGGUUGUGGUGGACCUGGCCAUGCCCAUGGCAGAUGGGCGAGAAUUCAACCUGCGACGUGGUGACCGCCUUCUCCUCUUCCCCUUCCUGAGCCCCCAGAGAGACCCAGAAAUCUACACAGACCCAGAGGUAUUUAAAUACAACCGAUUCCUGAACCCUGACGGAUCAGAGAAGAAAGACUUUUACAAGGAUGGGAAACGGCUGAAGAAUUACAACAUGCCCUGGGGAGCGGGGCACAAUCACUGUCUGGGGAGGAGUUACGCAGUCAACAGCAUCAAACAAUUUGUGUUCCUCGUGCUGGUGCACUUGGACCUGGAGCUGAUCAACGCAGAUGUGGAGAUCCCUGAGUUUGACCUCAGCAGGUAUGGCUUCGGUCUGAUGCAGCCAGAACAUGACGUGCCCAUCCGCUACCGCAUCCGCCCGUGACAGGGAGCAGAUGGAUCCACGUGCUCGCCUCUGCUCAGCCUGCCCCAGCCUCCCAGCUUUCUGUGUGCACAGUUGGCUUGGGUGCAGGUGCUAGCAUUACCACUUCCCUGCUUUUCUCCCAGAAGACUGGGUCCAGAGGAGGGAAACGUUAAGAGAGGGUGAACAAAGAAAAGACAUUGAAAGCUCUAUGGAUUAUCCACUGCAAAGUUCUUUCCAAAAUCAGGCUUUGUCUGCUCCCAACUCACCUCGUUCCUCUCACCUCGUGAUAUCCACAAAAGCUAUUCAGACAAGGCAGGACUAGGAAUCCUCACUGCUCUGUCCCCAACUCCUGGAGGGGUCACCUUCCCAGUUCUUAUCAGCUAGCAUGGCCCAGGCCUUAUCCAGUCAAAGCAGAUGCUGGCCACAGAAAGGCCAUUCAGGACCUAGCAGUCUGUCCACUGAUGUCAUUCAGCAGUCAGUCCCCCAAUCAUCCUUAAACCAGCUAAAGCCAAAGGAGUCCCUUAGAAGAUCUGCUUCCCUGGGCGCCCCAUUUGCCGGGUUGCCCCACUGCUCACACUACCUGAGAAAAUGCAGGAGAGCU